AUGCUAUUCAGCGAAUCCACCAUCGCUGUCUUGCUGGCCAUGUUUGCGCAUCUCUCCUUGGCCGUGGCUGAAAUUGCCGAAGCUAGCGUCAAAGUAACGGGCGGCGGCAGCCGCGGAUUCAGCGGCGGCAAGCAGGAUUUCGACCCUAGGGGUCUCUUUUGUAAUGUUGACAGCGCGAAUAGCGAUACUGCCGAGCAUCCGUCGCAAAGUAUCCAGACUGCGCCGAUCCAGGGUGCUCAUUCUGCCGGUGCGCCCAUGUCUUGUUCGGCAGGCAAGUCGGACAGAAUCCCGACUUACAUAUCUUUGUGCCAGCCACUGCGGUGCCAACGGCUGUCAUCCAAACUGUGGGAAUUGCAUGCCGUCCAAGAGGGGUUUGAGCGAUGCGAAGGCUCGGAGUUUGGAGGCGGAGCCGUUUGA